AUGAAGGUACUGCUCGGAGGCACCGCAGAGUGCAGAUGGUACGAUACAGAGAGAUCAGCCUGGUCGACCAGAGGCUGUCACGUGACAGCGUACACUGGAGAUAUCCUCCAUUGUCAGUGCAACCACCUAACCAGCUUCGCUGCCUUCACUAGUCUAAGUGAAGUACCGGAGGGACACAAACAGACCCAGUCCGUCAUCACAACUCUCCUUUUCGUCCUGUCCAUCAUUACUCUCGUCUUCACGCUACUCGUCUACAUCCCUAUCAGAUCGUUUAGAAAAAGACUAAUAGUACAAGUGGAGUUGAUGGAGGUGACGGCGCUGAUUCUAGCGAACAUAACGUUCCUAACCCUAGCUCACGCGCAACACCAGUCCCCUGUGUGCACGGGUCUAGUGUUCGGAGUUCAGUAUCUCUACCUCGUUACUAUCGCCUGGAGCCUUGUUGCUGCUCUCGUCUUCUACAGACAGUAUCUCUACCUCGUUACUAUAGCCUGGAGCCUUGUUGCUGCUCUCGUCUUCUACAGACAGAUAGUAAAGGCGAUACACACGUACGGCAAGAGUUACGACCACACUUUCAAAAUAUCCUGUGUUCUCUGCUGGGUCCUACCUCUCAUCUUCCCCUCCUUUGCUCUCAUCUACUCGGACAAACAUCAUCUCAACUAUCUCGCUGACAUGGAUGGAGAAUUUGGCUGCUGGAUAUCUGAGACGUGGAAGAUCUAUACGUUUAUUGUGCCGAUUUUGGCAGUUGUUGCCGUGAACACUUUCUUAGGCAUCCGAGUGGUCAUUAUCAUGAUCAGAGCCAGUAGCAAUCGCGGUGAUGACAAAGACGACACGUGGAAAAUACAAACGAGGCACAUCAAGUCAAUACUCUCACUAAUCAUGCUUUUUGGAGUAUCCUUCCUCUUAUCCCUCUUUACCUACGGACCUCAAGCUCUCGUCUUUCAGUACCUCUUCAUCAUCUUCACUUGCUCCCAGGGUCUAUUUAUUUUCAUCUUGUUCGUCCCCCUGCGACCGGAGGUUCACUCUGAAUGGAAGACUAUACUGGGGUCCAGUGCAGGUGCUCGACUCAUGAGCCCGAGGUACACCUCCCGAACCAGCCAAGCCACCAACAGCAGUCUUUUCAACAAGACCAAUAACAAGAUCUUCGUUCGGAAGGACUCUGUCGUCGACCGAUGCGUUCCUUCUUAGAUCACCUGCAUUGAUGAUAUAUAUUCAGAAUACCACUCAGAUUACACUUAUCAACUAAGCAACACAAUCGUUAUUUUCCGUCUAAGAAUUUUUGAUAAUUUGAUCGUAGCCAAAACGAUCACUUUUUGAAAGCAUCCGUUUGAAACUUUGUUACUUUUCACUUUAACAUUAGUCAGAAUCCGAAUUAUAUUUUGUGAAAUGAAAUUCAUUUACUAUAGCAAUUUGUUCGACUUUUUCCA